CCCGUGGUUCAUGAUAAUCAUAAUAUUAUAAUGAAUAAUGAUAUCGAAAUCGAAAUUCAAACUUCAUCGUGCAUUCACAGAAUAAAUUCAAGUAUUCAUUAUUCAUAUUUCAUGUUUUGAUGAUGUAUAAUGCGAUUAUCUAAGCGAUUAUCUAUGCGUAAAGCGUAAUUCUACUCAUUAUUCGUUAUACUUAUGAUUGAUAAAUGAUACAAGUUAUUACAAUCAAUUUAUAUUGUAGAUAAUAAUAUUAUGUAGACUUUUUAGUAAACAUUUAAGAUAAUGCAAUUUAAUAUUCGAGUACCGAAUAUUGAACUGUAUACGUUGACAGUCUUUAAACAGCGACGUAGUGAAAUUAUGAUUUUUCAUUGAUAUAAUUUGUAACUAUUCCCGUUUCAACUAUGGCCUCAAAGCUUACUCAAAAAGUCAAAAAAGAAACUAAGAAACACAAAUUGAAAAAAAACGACAAAACCGAUACAGUUGUUCACGAAAAAGAUUGGUUUAUGCGAUUUGAUGCACCUUUGAAAAUUAUCUUGACAGCAAGGUUUUUUGCUGCGUUUCUCGUUCACAUUUCAGACUGUGAUGAAACGUUUAACUACUGGGAACCGACUCAUUAUUUUGUUUUCAAUAGCGGUUUUCAAACCUGGGAAUACGCGCCUCCUUAUGCACUUCGAUCAUAUUUAUACAUACUUAUUCAUGCAGUCCCCGUGUACCUUUACAAAGCUCUAUUCAAUACUAGAAAAAUCAUGUUGUUUUACUUAAUACGCUGUGUGCUUGCACUAUUGAGUUCUCUUUGUGAACUAUACUUUUACAAAGCUAUAUCAAAAAAAAUUUCAUCCACUGUUAGCAAUUAUUACUUGUUCAUAACAGUUUUUAGUCCUGGAAUGUUCAUUGCAUCUACUGCAUAUUUGCCUUCAAGUUUUUCUAUGUACAUGACUUUCUUAAUUAUUGGAGCUUGGUUAAACAAAAAUUACGAAUUGGCAAUUUUUACAACUGCACUGUCGACAUUUUUAAGUUGGCCAUUUUCAUGUCUAAUCGGAUUACCACUUGCGUGUGAUAUCACUUUCAGAAACAAAAAGUAUUUGUUAUUUAUUAAAUGGUGCUUAAUAUCAUUAGGGUCAAUUUUAGUUUAUCAAGUUGCUACUGAUUCAUAUUUUUAUGGCAAGCUUGUAAUUGCCCCUUUUAAUAUUGUUUUUUACAAUUUAUUCACGAGUCAUGGUCCUGAUUUAUAUGGUACUGAACAUUGGACUUUUUAUAUACUAAAUGGUAUCCUUAAUUUCAAUGUUGUAUUUAUACUUUCGUUGAUGGCUCCUAUUGCUAUUUUAUUGAAAAAGAUUCUUACAAAAAUCGGAAUCAGAUUUUCUAAACAAAGCAAUAUUAACAACAAAUCAAUAUGGAUAUUAUAUUUAUCUCCAUUGUAUUUAUGGAUUUUUGUAUUUAUAAUACAACCACAUAAGGAAGAAAGAUUUUUGUUUCCUGUUUAUCCAUUGAUACAACUGGCAUCAUCUAUAUUAUUGGAAUAUAUCAAAGAUAUGAAUUUUCAUUCAAGUGUUAUUCAUCGUUUUACUUUUCUUAAGCUGUACAACAAAUUGAUUGAUAAUGUUUACAUACCUUUUCUUUUUGUAUUUUUAUUAAUGGGAUUGUCACGAAGCACUCUCUUAGUUAAAGCGUAUCACGCACCUAUUGAUACUUACACACAAUUGAGUAAUGAUUAUCUUACAUUGCCUGAAUCAGAUGUAAUAAAUGUUUGUGUUGGCAAAGAAUGGCAUAGAUAUCCUUCAUCAUUUUUUUUACCAAAUGAUAGAUGGAAAAUGCAUUUUAUUAGAUCAGAAUUCCGAGGACUUUUACCUGGUCGUUUUAGUCAGGAAUCUUUAUACAAAGUUGUUGAAAACUAUAAUGAUCAAAAUAAAGAAGAGUUAGAUAAAUAUAGUGAUAUUAGACUGUGUCAUUUCUUAGUAGACCUGAACAACAAUCAAAGUUCAGGAUUGGAACCAAAUUAUUCUGAAAAUAAUUUGCAAUGGAUUAUUUGGAAAUCUAUACCAUUUCUAGAUACCAAAAAAACACCACUUUUAUACAGAACAUUUUACUUUCCAUUUUUCUGGGAAGAAAAUGUCAAGUUUUCAUCUUACAAUCUUCUUAUGCGAAAUGAUUUUAAUAAAAUGAAUACUAAAUCGCAGUCAGAGAAUGGUUCACCAAUGCACUAUGUGUUUUAGACAAAGUGUCAAUGAGAUUAUUGCACAAUUGUUUUAUUAUUUGUUUGAAGUCCUCG